AUGGAAUUUUACCGCUUGUUAUUUUGUUGUGUAUCUUUAUAUUCUGUUUGUCUUAUAACUGAAAUUUCAUCUCAACUUUCAUUAUUUUCAACCUCUCACUCAUCUAUUGCUCUUUCUGCACAAUCUUAUUAUGAAGUUGGAUCAGGUGUAAACAAAAUUUUUUGUCCUAAUAUAAUUAUUAAUUAUGAUACAUCUGGUCAUAUAUAUUAUUUUUCUAUAAAAAAUUAUGAAAUUAGAAUUUCUCUUUCCGAACGACCUAUUGAAUGCCGGGAUUUCAUGUCUUACUUUGAAUACACCAUAAAUAAUAAUUUAGUUACCUAUUCUGGUUUUGGAAAACAUUUUGAAUUGCAAUUUUAUCCUCCACUCAAUAACUUCGUCAAUUUUACGCAUCAAAACUUUAAUGUUACUUUGCGUGAUUUUGAUUCUCGUUAUUCAGAAUCGAUUAUUCUUGUGUUAAUUUACUCUACUAAAGAUGUAAGGACUAAAAGAUAUUCUGUUAUUGAGUUUUCAUCUAAAUCAUCUAUUUCAUCUCUUACUAAAGUGAUUACCUAUGGUAAAGCCUCUUUAAAUUACAUUGUUAGGCAGUUUGAGAAACUGUAUGACUCAAUUUCAUCGGGUAUUAAAAGUGCCAUACAUAAUUAUCAGGACUUUAAAUUGUACGGGAAUAUUCUCACUAAUUUUAGUGAUUUUAGAGUGGGGGAUGUUUUUGCUUGUAAGCUUUUGUCUAUGCCUUCUUUAAUUAAUCCAUUUUUUCAUUUUAUGAUUGUUGUUGAAUCUGCACAUCUCCCUGACAACGCUAUUAGUUUUGGUAUGUUCGAUAACCAGUAUGGAAAGGCUGGGUACGUUAACAUAACUACUGAACUUCAAACUUACACUAAUAACUCACGUAGAUGUAUUAUGUUGAGACCACAUAUUAAUUAUUAUACUAGUUAUGUAUCUAAAGUCAAUGAAGCUCUUGAAACUGGUGAUUUAUCUGUUGUUAAGGACUAUGCUUAUUUAUCUAGUCGUUAUUCAUCUUGGUAUGACAAUUUUAAGGAAAGAGUCAAACUUAUCACCGACACUGUUGAUUUUCAUUAUUCUGCUAUACAUUGCAAUUGUCAAACUAUUGUCGAUUAUAUUGCAUUUGGGACGAUCUUAGAUAAUAGUCUGUGUACUAGUGUUCGCGGUAAUCAAGUUAUUGCCGCCAACUCUUGUAACUGGAAAUUAUACAACAAAAUUAUUUCUGUUUUUCUGGCUAAUUAUGAAAAUAAAUCAUUUGUCAUGUACCUUGAUUCGCCUGGAGUUUGGAGCUUUAAUUGUGAGAAGUUACCGACUUAUUUAUCUAAUGCAUUUAAAAGUAUACAAAAUACUUAG